AUGGAUUCUGGUAUGUCGUGGGCUGACCAAUGGGACAACAACCCAGACCCAUCCCCGACAUUAGAGAAAGACAAGAAGAAGAGCAAGGACGACGAGUCAGGAGGUAAGAGCAAAUUUGGAAAGACCGUGAUGAACUUUAAAUGGGUGAAAGAACUUCGCAAAAAAACAAGCAAGACAUAAAAACAUUUAUUAUUUGAGAAGUUUGGUGACUUGUUCAAAUUAAAAUAUGUAAUUGAUUCGAGUUUGA